GCUUUGUUGCUCUUUCAGUCUUUCUCUCCCAUACCGAUACCAUUCCUUCUCCCAGAGCCUUCCCUCCACUUCAGACCCUGGGCUGACAGGGUCUGUGGUCUAGGUCCUUGGGACCUGCAGCUGCCGGCCCCGGGCCGGUGGCCACAAGCCAAAGGAAGGCGGAGCGCAUGGGGCGGGACUGGCCGCAGGGGCCACCUCAUAAAUCCUGGCCAGGGGAGCUGCGAGGUCUGGAGGAGCCCUGGAGGGGCGGUUCGGUCCCACAGACCCCACAAGCCCUAGUAGGGCUCUGCGGAGGCGUCAUGCGCCGGAACCCUCCGGCCACGCAAAGCUGGGUGCUAGUGCUGCGGCUGCUGGCGCUGCUGCGGCCCCCGGGGCUGGGCGAGGCGUGCAGCUGCGCCCCUGCUCACCCCCAGCUGCACGUUUGCCGCUCUGCGCUGGUGAUCCGGGCCAAAGUCUCCAAUGAGAAGGUAGUUCCUGCCAGUGCAGACCCUGCUGACACUCAAAAAAUGAUCCGGUAUGAAAUCAAACAGAUAAAGAUGUUUAAAGGGUUUGAGAAAGUCAAGGAUGUUCAGUACAUCUACACACCUUUUGACUCUUCUCUUUGCGGUGUGAAACUAGAAGCCAACAGCCAGAGGCAGUAUCUUUUGACUGGCCAGGUCCUUGGUGAUGGGAAAGUUUUCAUCCAUCUGUGCAACUACAUCGAGCCCUGGGAGGACCUGUCCUUAGUACAGAGGGAAAGUCUGAAUCAUCACUACCAUCUGAACUGCGGCUGCCAUAUCACCACCUGCUACAUAGUGCCCUGUACCAUCUCGGCCCCCAAUGAGUGCCUGUGGACAGACUGGCUGUUGGAACGGAAGCUCUACGGGUACCAGGCCCAGCAUUACGUCUGCAUGAAGCACGUUGAUGGCACCUGCAGCUGGUACCGGGGCCACCUGCCCCUCAGGAAGGAGUUUGUUGACAUUAUCCAGCCCUAGUAGGGACUAGUGACCCGCCACAUGUUUUCAGGAGUCCUGAAGACCAAGCCAGUUCUCCUUCCUUGUGGAGCUCUGACUACCACCACCUGCCCUGUUGCUGCCAGCCAAGUGGACAGCCCAGCUAGCAUCAUGGCAGGGAUGGGGCAUGUUACAGCUUGUGCCCCAGGCCCCAGCCCAUAGUCUGUAAGGGCUGGGGAGGGCAGCCUGACUUUUCUGUCCUGCCCUCAGGCCUUCUCUCCUCCUCCCAAGUCCCAUUAAUCUAGCUUAUACUUGUUACUGGAAGUUUUGAUUCUAGCUUAGUUUGUUUCCCAAAGCCAGAACUAUUCCCUUUUCCCCCAGGAAAAUGUGUUUUCCUUUCCCGUAACUGACCUGAGAGAGGAGAAGACAUGACUGUUAUACACAGAGAUGGUGAGACUUGGUGGCGUGCAAACUAGAGGGUGAGUGGAUGGUAUCAUAAACAGGUUGACUAGCAGGAAUGAAGAAUAAUUUACUACAGCUGUGUAUCCUCUGCUCCUCCUCUCUUCAGUCCUAAUCCUCUGGUAUACUUUCAUCUGUUCAGGGCACAGAAUCACUCCAUCAGAAAGCUAGGAUUCCCUAACCUUCCUCCUGGUGCUGCACUCCCCCUCAGCACCAUUCCUGGUGAAGGUCUGGUCCUGUUAGUGCACUCUGUGGACAAGAGGAGGCCUCCUGUGUAAGAAUAGACAUUUUCCUCCAUGUUAACUGUCCCAAAUGCCCUCGACUGAUGUCCAGAGGGCUUCUCUUCUGUCACCUUUGUAUUACUAAUGUCUUCAUUCCUACUUCACAAUGUUUUUUAAGCAAAAAAAAAAAGCCUUUCUCUAGUAGAGCUGCAAUCCCUUCUACAUUGGCUUUGGACACCUCAGAGAGAUGCUCUUUUCCUGAGGGCAAAUUUCAGGACAGGAGAGAAAUAUCUGGACUCCUAGGGAGAAGAGUGCUGGCGGAGGAAGACUGCUUGCGUUUGAUGCAGUUUUCCAGUGGGUCAGCCCUGCUGGACAUUACAGCAGGAAAAGCCAGCUCUGGUGCCCAGAGAGCCCUCCACCUUCAGCUCAGGCCCCUCACCACUGUGACCUGGACUUCCUGAGGUCUCUGCCAUAGGCUCCCAGUGUUUCUUGGCCUCCACAAGCCUUCCUGGGUUGCCCUAAAUGGGAAAGCCCUGAUAUUCUAGGAAUUAUUAAGGACAAGCACCUAACAUUCAAGAGCCCCUCCUCAGGGAAGCUCUGGCAAAGAUGACAGAGGCAGUUCUCAAAGCAAAAGUUGUGCUCAUUUCCUCUGUGUGGUCUGCUGGUGCAGGGCCAUAUACAAUGUGCAGAAGGCAGCUGUGGACUCACAGAAAUGCUGUGAGUGGAGACAGCCUUAGGAGAAGGGAGUGAAAAGGGGAACAAGUAAGCUCUGUGUCAGAGCACACUAGAAGCACCUUGGUUGGUUAAGCCUUGGGCAGAGGGGAAAGGAAGGAUGGCAGAAGUUUGAGCUCCAGGUUGCCCUGGAGGAAAAGCAUUAGCAACAGCCUUCUUAGCAACCAGCCAUGUUAUCUCUCUGCUCCUCCCAACCUUCUAAGGUGGACUGAGAAAAGGAUUAGGGUUCACCUGGAACAGCACCGUGGAUCUCAGGAGUGCUUCACACUUUGCAGAAGGCGGCUCCUUAAAACUAACACUUCCAUCUUGUGUGUACAUACUAGAAUUUCUGGUCAGCAAAGGUUAUGCCCGCUGUCCAGUUGGGAAACUGGCACUCAGUGAAGGAUUAUUAUAACUUGCCCAGUGACAUGUGGCAGAGCCAGAGCUGUACCCCAAUCCUGAGAUCUGAUUGUUGGCCCACAGGCUAUUACUCUCUUAGACUGAUUGCCACUGGUUCUACUCUGUUCUGUCUCCAGAAUUUGAAAAUGAGGCUGGCAGCUAAAAUCCAGCUACUGCAGCCCUACAAAGGUCCCACAGGGGAGCCCUGGAGUGAGAAGCCAAAGCCCUGAGCAGAGCCCCAUGGUCACCACACGGCGAAGCUCAAGGGGGAAGUAGCAGAGACUCUGCCACCUACCAUCUCUUUGUGGUUGGGGUAGUAUGUCUGCUCGAUGAGUGGGAACUUUUCUCCUCCCAGCGUCUUGUAGAUGGCCACCAUCUGGGCAAACUGCAAGAGAGAAAAAUUCCUUAUCUUAUCUAAGACAACUUCUGGAACAGACACAGCAUCAAGCAAAUACUUAGCAAUGCUCUGUAGAAGCCUUUGUGAUAAGCACACUGAAGAUGCAUGAGAAGCGUACAUACAAUUUCUGUUCUCAAAAAACAUAUGUUUUAGUUGGAGAAAAAAAAGAGAGAGCAAGCUAACAUUCACUGAAUACCUAUUCAAUUUUAAUGGCGUUUUGCUUGAUCCUUAAAUCCAAGGGAUGAACUAGGUUCAAACUAAAAUCACAGAACUGAAGAGGUGCAGCUAGGAUUGACACUUGGGUCUCUGUCUCCAAACACCUGCUCUUCCAAGCAAUUGCAAGAGAUACAGCUGGAGAGGUAACAUGGGCCAAGUCUUGGAAGUUCAAAUGCCAGGCACGAAUGGCAGCUUUUUCUCUGUGGGCCAUACUGACGCACCAGAGUUUGAGCAGGGUUGUCAUGAGUGAAGCUGUCCUUCAGGAAGAUGUGGGUGCCCACGAUGUAUAGGACACACAGACCCAGUGUUUCUGGGACUGACAUAUCCAUCGUAGGACUAAAUCCAUGAGAAACUUGAGCAGCUAUGAGGGGAAAGGCAAGUGCACAUGGAACAGGGUUGAAAGGCUCUGGCACACAUAUAGCAUGCCCUCCUCACCUUUAUAAAGGAAGAAACUGAGGCCCAGAGAGGUCACUUGCCUAAGGUCACACAGUAGCUGACUAGAGUCAUAGCUGGGGCUCCUGCAGGCCCAAUCUGUAACUUUCCUGAUUCCUUUCAGGCUUCAGAGAUCAUGCUCACCCCACAGGAAACACAGGGCUUCCCAGCUCAGUCCAGUAUACCCCAUCCCCAGUGUAAUCAGAGCAGGGGAAAUCAGCAUCAUCUCUCUAAGAGCUACUGGCUUAGUUCACAUCCCAAGUCACUGAUAUCUGGAACUGCUACAAGGGAAAGUUGUUAGCUCAAACCUCCCUUCUACUUUGGAGAGAAAGGAAAGCUAGAACACAUUUCAAAGGCCCGGAUCCCUCUGCGAGGGAUGUUAGCACACAUGCCAGGCAGACAAGAGGAGGUGAGAGCUAGAAAGGCUCAGAACCCAGGUAUUAGGAAACUGGAGUCUCCAGUCCUGUUCUGCCUAACUUGCUAGGUGUCCUAUGCAAAUAAUUACUCUUCUCCAGCCCUCGUUUUCUGCCUAUAUAAAAUGAGAUUGGUACAUUUGAUCAGUUCCUCAUAUUUUGUACCACAAAUAACAUUCUUUCAUUGUUCCUUUCUCCCAAACUCCAUUAUCAAACUGCAGUAUAAACAGUCAUCUGAAGUGACUCUUUUGUGAGUAAAGAUAGGUUCUGUUAGUUUUAAAAUGCUGAAAAACGUUAGAAUUCCUGAGCAACAUCCUUUAGUGACAGGUAAUUGGUGUCUCCAGAGUUCUAAGACCUCUGCCAGGACUGAAACAAAGAUUCACACACUCUCAAGCCCUGAGAGUUUAGGGUUGAAAGAGAAUUUAAGGGCAGGCCUCCCACCUCACAGGUAAGGAGAUUCAGGCUUGAGAAGCAGAGGAAAGUGCAGCUCCCAGAUCCCACUUGGUGUCAGGGCUUCCCGGGAGGGUACCAGUUCUCUUUUCUCAUCGCCCAGUGCAUCCUGCACUGGACCCUGCUGUCCUCACCGUUCGUUGCUUUGCUUUGACUGUCAAGGCUGAGCCCUCAGACUGUGUGUGUCUUCUGUGGCUCUCCCCACCACCUCAUCUAACAUUUAGGAUCUGUCUGUCCACCUGGACCUGGCUGGAUGCCUGCCCUGCCCAGGCUCCCAGAGCUCUCAGCAUCCCUGGGGACUGAUGCCAGCUCUGCAGACGACCUCUGUCCUGCUGCAGCCCACACACUGGCACAACACCAGACAUGUGGGCCCUAUCUUCCCUCAUGUGGGGGAGUUACACAGACACCACUCCGAUGCCAGGAAGGCCUGCGGCAGACUCCCAGGGCCCUGGGACAGCCAAGACUAAAAUGACAGCCAGUUCCCAGGCUCUAGUUGGGCCCACCCUCCUCACCUGAUCUCCAGCAGUCCCUGUCUUUUCAAGGUGCUGGGCUUGGCAUCUAACCUCUGCCCCCUGGAACUUAGAUUAACUCACAAGUACACAGUUACCAAUUUUAAAAAUGUAAUAUCUGAUAAGGGCUAUUUCCUGUACCCACAGACAAAAGAAUGAAUUGGAAGCUGGGGGUACUCUUGGCAAUGAAUAGGAAGAUAAGCUCAUUAUAACCACUUAUUCAGUGAAUUAAGAAAGAAUUCAUGGAUGAAAUGAGAUUUUAAGAUCAGUUUGAAUAAUAUAUUAUCUCUACCUCUCCUGGAAGUUAAAGGCUUUCAUUUAACCCUGGGGUUCAUCUAUCUCCAAAACCCCAGAAAGCCUGACAGGAAUUUAGAUAAAUUUGCAACAGUAUGGGUAGUGGCAUCUUGCUUUCUCUGGAAUACGGCUUUCAUUGACAGGCCAUUUCUGCUUCUGCAACCUCAGUGGCCUGCCCUGACCAAUUCCAGACAUAGCAGAUGUGCUCCUAGAUACACUGGUGGCAAGGCAGAGCCUCUUUUAACCCAGGAGGCCUCUCCUCACACCAUUAGCAGCCACAGUAAGAAAGUUAGACAAAGGAGCCAAAGCUGCCAUCUCAGAGGCACCCUCCCUCCACAAUCAUCAAACUUGUCCACUUACAUUAUCAGCAGAAAACAACAUGUAAAAUGUCAUUUGUGGGCCAUCAGUUUAGUGACACUGAGAGGACUCCGUGUGUAGCCAGGGAACCCUGCUGUUCUCAUACAAUGUGAAUGGGUGAGUGAGACCCCCCAUCAGACCCCAGGUCCCAGGAGGGGCAAGGCCCUAGGCAGGGUUCUGCCUGCUCCUCCCCUCUCUGGCCUCUGUCACAGUUUAGGAAAACAGCACAGGAAACUAGUUUGUUUUUAAGAGAUCUCGGCUAUUUGGGAGCUUUAACAACCAGUUGGCAAAGUGGUGUCAGGUAUACUAUUGAUCCCAGGUUGUGGACAAAGAAACUGGCACCGGGAAGUUCAGUCAAAGGGCUGGUAAGUAGUGAAAUCACCCAGAAAAAAACCAGAAUAGCAGCAUCACCCUGAGUGGCCAUGAAGGAGCCAAAUUCAGACAAGUGCUGGGGGGGGGUUCCCGGAUUAGCGCACAUGCGCAGAAGGAAAAAGGGGAGGUCCCCAAGAAAGACACUUGGGGAAGGUCCCCAGUGAUACACUCCCAUUAUACAACACUUUUCUCCUGUUUCUGUGAACUCUAGGAUGCCUUGUGCCACAAAUAGGGAAACAGGAACCCAACCUGUCCUUAACUUGGUAGCUAUGGGACCCUCUCAAUCCUGUUCCCUGCUCUUUCUCUACACUAUAAGGUCUCCCUGUUAUUCAGGGAAAUGGAAAGCUGUCCACUAAGGUGUAAAAACAUGACCAAGAGCAGAGGUGCUGGAUCUGUUUGGUAAAAACAAAAACAAAAACACCUCUCCCAACUCCCUGAAUGGUAAAUAGGCCUGAGGUUCAAAAAACUUCACAAUUAGCCACCAGUGCUAGGAACCUUGGCAGUCCAGUUUAUGUGAUAGCUGAAAUCUGGUUUUUGAAGAUCAAGAUGAAGAGGUGUGAUUAGGGACAGGCAUUUCCUUCCGAGAGGGCCAGGCUGGAGCAGCAGGGCCAGCAGCGAACUGGGUCCCUUCAGGGGCCCAAGAGGAGGUCAGAGGCCCCCAGUGGCCAUCACAUAUCACUCUUCUUCCCCUCUGCACUCCUUCAUUCCUUCCUGUGUCUAGAAGUUCCCGCUGUCCUCCCAGAUUACCAGACUGGCUGAGGAAGAGGAAACCAAACAGCUUUUCCUCACACUGUAACGCAGACGACAUGACAGGUAGUGUGGGCUAGAGAGACUUGGCUCUAUAAUUUUGGCAAGUUAUUUAGUCCUUUUUGAAUUUUGUUUCUAUGUAAAAAAUGAAAAUAAUAACACCUUCCAUAUAAGGUUAUCAUGAGGAUGCAAUAGGAAUGUGGGAACUCUCAGUGUACACCGUACAGUAAGUGCUGUUAUACUCCUUACCUAUCUCUUUAAUUUUCACCCCUCUCCAUGACAAGGUGAGAUGAAUGAUCUUCCAGCUCAUGUAAGUGUCUGAUUCAUAUGUACCAUAGGUGAAUAAACUUCACUUGGUAUUCAA